CUUUAAUACCCCAGCACGGAGCUCGCAACAGCCCACAGCGACCCCCAGAUAUGAUGCGGCUCGGUCAAUUGCAACGGCCAAUACAGGCCGUUGCUGUGGCCGGCUCUUGCAGACCGACGCUCGCCACAUUCGCCCUGCCGUCGCGGCCAGCAAUCCAGUCGACACCGGCGCAAGCACAAGAUGCCGUCGUCGAAGGGCGGAGGUAUGCCAGUGUCAAGUCGCAGGGAGCAUACAGGAUACCAAACAAGAAGACGAUAGCCAAGAAACUGGGUGCCAAGAAGAGCGGUGACCAACAUGUCAUCCCCGGGAACAUCAUCUUCAAACAACGAGGCACAAUGUGGCACCCCGGCGAGAACGCCCUCAAGGGCCGUGACCACACGAUCCACGCCGCCGUCGAGGGCUACGUCAAGUACUACCGCGACCCUCAACUACACCCGACCCGCCAAUAUAUCGGCGUCGCCUUCAACCGCGACGACACCCUCCCCUACCCGAAAGACGCACCCCGGCGGCGCAAGCUCGGCAUGGUGGCCACGACCCGCAAGGUCCACGAGAAGAAGGACGCCAUCUCAGCGAGCGGAAUCCCAAGAAGAGUCGUGAGGCAGGCCGGAAUCUAUGACAUCAAGGAGCUCGAGCAGCGGCUGUGGUCACGAGAUAAGGCGCGCGAGCUGGAGGCGGCCAGGGAGGCGGCCAGGAAGGCGGCAGCGUCGGACCCCGCGCCUGGAGCGGAAGCAGCAGCGGCCCAGGCAGCCGCCGCCGCGGGCGAGACGGAAAUGACGCCUGUCACGGGCGCGGAGAAGGGCCAGGCGGAGCCGGGGGCCGCCAAGUCCCAGAAGCGCACGCGGUCGGAGCAGAGGCGGCUGGUGCACCCCCUGACGUUCAUCCAGAAGCGGUGGCUCGAGCGGCGGCGGACGCGGACGCUGCACCUGAACCCGCGCAGCUACUCCUACACCGAGACGAACGCGGCCAUCGGCCGGCUGGCGUCGCGGACCAUGUACACGCCCCCCUGGAAGCUGGGCGGCCGCAAGGCCCGGUUCAGGGCCCGCCGGGCCCGCCGCGAGAACGAGAUCAAGAAGAUCGCCGCGGACCGCGAGCUCGUCAAGGCCGAGAAGGAGAAGGAGCGUAUCGCUGAGGAGGCCAAGAGGCAGCGCAUGCUUGCUAAGCAGAGGGCUAAGGGCCAGGGGCGCGCGCAGAAGGAAGGGGAGAAGGGUGGUGAGGAGAAGGCCAAGAACAAGGUCGAUGCAUGAACUGUAGGAUACUGAGCUGCGAUUGUCAAUACAAAAAACAUUUAGAAG